AGGAAGGAAGGAGAUUGGAGCCUAUAAUAUUUUCAUUUUAUAUUAUGUGGGCGUGGUUCGAGUGACACUGGUAAAGGGCGGAACUGUGCCCCCUGGGAUUUAUUUAAAAGUCCUAAACUGUGCAAGUGGUCUCCACAAAGCGCCAGCAUCACAUAAUCGCAGUAUCGGCACUAUUUAGGGACGAGCAUGUCAAACGCAGACCGAUUAGUUCUGGUUCUCGGAGGAGCAGGGACAGUGGGUUCUGGAAUAGUUAAAGGACUGCUUGACAAAGGUUUCAAGGUGGCCGUCAUCUCCAGAGACAACAACAGACUUGAGAAUCUCAAAGGCUUCAUCUCGCCCUCCACAAAGGACAAUCUAACCACCGUUGUGGGGGAUGUUGGUUCAGAGGACGGGGCAGAGGAGGUGAAGAAGGUCUUGUUGAAGUCUGUAGGGAAGGUGACGGACAUCGUCUCCUCUCUAGGAUUCAGCUGGUGGCAGGGUGGGCCGCCGCACACCCAGUCUCAGAAGGAGCUCCACUGGGUGAUGGAAACCUUGCUGUUCAGCACCUUUGUAUCAUGGAAAGCCUUCUUCCCCCUAGUAAGGGAUGAUCCCAACUGCACCUACACCUUCAUCACAGGGGGCGCUGGAGAGAAACUGCUGAUGCCAGGGACUGGCUUCCUGACGGUGGGUGCGGCCAGCACUCUGGCCUUCUGCCAGGUGCUACGGGAGGAGUACCCUGAGGUACCCUGCAAACUCAACCAGGUGAAGAUCAACACAGGAGUGGCCCCCCCAGAGCGCAUGGCCCCUGGCUUCCUCAGCCACCUGGACCUGGGAGAAGCCGUGGCCAGUCUGGUGGAGAGAGGAAACACCUCUCACUCUGUCUUCACCCUCAAUGGCCCAGCAGACUUAAAAAACCUCAUUAUAGAGGGAAAACUUUAGAGCUAUGCCCACAUAUCUACACCCCCAACCCCAGAGCUAUGGCUUCAUUUGUUUUUCCGCAUUCCAUUUUGUGAUUGUUCUUAUUCUGUUAUUGGUUAAUGUGAUUGUUGGCUUGUUGGCUUAUUUUAUAUGCAUGUGUUGACUAUAUAAACUGUAAUGAUGAUGAAGAGGAUUCCAAGCUAUGUUGAGCUCCUGCGUAUAGCCAGUGUGUGUGUAGUGGGAUGAGAAAGGACACUUGGAGAGGAAGGCAGAGGGACAAGGACAGGACUCGCAGAAAGAAAACAACAGAGGAGACAGCCAGUAAACCAGGAAAGAGAGAGGAAGGGAGGUGUACAGUAGGAUGUGUUAGGAAGGGCUGUUUGCAUGAUGGGGGUACAUCCCCUUCAGGAGGGGGGGGGGGGGGGGGGAUUGGUAUGUUAGUUUCCCCGUAGCGUGACUCCCUUGUCCUGUUCACAGCCACCCCGGCAGCUGGCCCAUUAUCUGCCACCCACUAUCUAGGGCAUCCUGUAAACAAACAAUGCGGGGGUGAGGAAGUGAGAGAGAGGGGUGAGGAGGUGGGAAGUUUCCCUGCUACUACACGCCCCAGCUGACAGAGAGCAGAGGGCGAAUUAGAGGAGGCAUUGUUGUCUGUUGUUCACAUUGCUAGCUAUAUGCUUGACUUAUUUCGAUGCCUGCUGUCCUGUCAGUGGCUGAACUAGCUACCUGCUUUAGCCACAAGAAUGUAUAUUUGACAUGCCAAUAAAGGACCCUGAGUUUA